AUGGGCAGUGGAGCCAGUUCAGAGAGCAAGGAGUCGGCCAGGAGAUCCAGAGAACUGGAAAAGAAACUCCAGGAAGAUGCAGCAAGGGAAGCCAGGACAGUCAAACUACUGCUGUUGGGUGCUGGAGAGUCAGGAAAGAGCACUAUUGUAAAGCAAAUGAAAAUCAUCCAUAAAGACGGUUUCACCUACGAGGAGCGCAUGGAGUUCAGACCAAUCAUUUACAGUAACACAGUGCAGUCGAUCCUGACCAUUGUGAAAGCAAUGGCUAAGUUAGGAAUCAGUUAUGAGAACCCUGGUAGAACUGAAGAUGAAAGGAAGCUGUGUGCCAUGGCAACAGCUCUGGAGGAUGGCAGCAUGUCUUCGGAGCUGGUUGAGCUCAUCAAGCGGCUGUGGCGCGACGGCGGCACCCGGGCGUGCUUCGCGAGGGCGGCGGAGUACCAGCUCAGCGACUCGGCCGCCUAUUACCUCAAUGAUUUGGACAGGUUGGCAAUGCCAGACUAUGUCCCUACUGAGCAAGAUGUCCUGCACUCCCGAGUGCAGACCACUGGAAUUAUAGAGACUCAGUUUUCUUUCAAGGAUUUGAACUUCAGGAUGUUUGAUGUGGGUGGACAACGAUCAGAGAGAAAAAAGUGGAUUCACUGCUUUGAAGGAGUUACUUGCAUCAUAUUCUGUGCUGCACUCAGUGCCUAUGACAUGGUUCUGGUGGAAGAUAAAGAAGUGAACAGAAUGCAUGAAAGCCUUCAUCUGUUCAACAGCAUCUGCAACCAUAAGUGCUUUGCAGCCACUUCCAUUGUGCUGUUCCUAAACAAAAAAGACCUCUUUCAAGAGAAAAUAACAAAAGUUCAUCUGAAUAUCUGCUUUCCUGAGUACAAUGGACAAAAUACAUUUGAAGAUGCUGCAAACUACAUUAAGCAACAAUUUCUAGACUUGAACAUAAGGAAACAAGAUAAAGAGAUAUAUUGUCACUUGACCUGUGCCACUGACACUCAGAACGUCAAAUUUGUUUUUGAUGCAGUCACAGACAUAAUAAUCAAAGAAAAUCUGAAAGACUGUGGGCUUUUCUAG